AUGUCCGACGCAAAGAACGUCAAAAAGGUCAAGACUCCAAAGGAGUUUGCCAUCGACUUUAUGAUGGGUGGUGUCUCUGCCGCUGUCGCAAAGACCUCCGCAGCUCCCAUCGAGCGUAUCAAGCUCCUCAUCCAAAACCAGGACGAGAUGAUCAAGCAGGGCCGUCUCAGCCACAAGUAUAACGGCAUCAUCGACUGCUUUUCCCGCACCUACCGCGAUGAGGGCCUCGUCUCCCUCUGGAGAGGCAACACUGCCAACGUCAUUCGUUACUUCCCAACCCAGGCCUUGAACUUUGCCUUCAAGGACUACUUCAAGUCGCUCUUCGGCUUCAAGAAGCAAGACGGCUACUGGAAGUGGUUCGCCGGCAACGUCGCCUCUGGUGGUGCUGCUGGUGCCUCGUCGCUCCUCUUCGUCUACUCGCUCGACUAUGCUCGUACCCGUCUUGCCAACGACGCCAAGUCGGCAAAGGGUGGAGGAGAGCGCCAGUUCAAUGGCCUCGUCGAUGUGUACAGGAAGACCCUCAAGUCUGACGGUAUCGCCGGUCUCUACCGUGGCUUCGUCCCCUCGGUCGUUGGUAUCAUUGUCUACCGUGGUCUCUACUUUGGUGUCUACGAUUCGCUCAAGCCAGUCGUUCUCGUUGGUGCUCUCCAGGGAAGCUUCCUCGCUUCCUUCCUUCUCGGCUGGGGUGUUACUAUUGGUGCUGGUCUUGCUUCGUAUCCUCUCGAUACCAUUCGUCGUCGCAUGAUGAUGACCUCGGGUGGUGGUGUCCACUACAAGUCGAUGUUCGAUGCCGGUUCGCAAAUCAUUGCCAAGGAGGGAACCAAGUCGCUCUUCAAGGGUGCUGGUGCCAACAUUCUCCGUGGUGUUGCUGGUGCUGGUGUGCUCUCGCUCUACGACCAGCUCCAGGUCAUCCUGUUCGGCAAGGUCUACAGCGGUGGCUCUGGCUAA